AAUUCGAUUUUGCCUAAAUACCAGGAGACUCACCAGUCACCCCGAACCUUCACUCUCACCACAGCUCAGACACCUUCUCCGCCGGACCACCACCGGAAACAACCCAAACAGAACAACUCCCAUCCAUCUCUCCAAAGGCGGCAACCAUGUCCGAUUGCGGAACCCUAAUUCCCCAGGAAAUCCUCACCGACAUACUCUCUCGACUCCCCGUCAAAUCACUUUGCCGAUUCAAGUGUGUUUCACCCUCCUGGAAUUCCCUUAUCUCCAACCCCUACUUCGCCAAAACCCAUCUCAAUCGAACCAAUACCCGAAACCCUCAAUACCUAGAUCAGAGAAACAUUGUCAUCUCCAGCUCUCUCAAUCUCUACUCCAUCGACUUCGGCGACGCCAAUCCGACCGCCACAGAGCUUGAUUUUCCUACGGUGGAACAACACGCUGCCGACAAGCAGUUCAAGGUAUGGAGCUCUUGUGAUGGCUUGCUUUUAGUUUCCUACAAUGAUAAUUUCAACUUCUUCUUGUUAAAUCCGUCCACUAGAAAAUGUAAGAAACUUCCUGGACCGCCUUUUGUACUCAAUCCGGUUUGUACCUGGUGGUAUGCAUAUGGGGUGGGUUACGAUUCCUCUACGGAUGACUACAAUGUUGUGAUGCUCUCUUGCAAUGAUAUUGGAUCUGCUCAGAGUAAUAUUUCGAUUGUGGAUGUCUAUUCACUGAAAACUAACGCUUGGAGGAGAAUUCAACAUACCCACUAUGUCGCCAUCGGAACUGCAUUUUCUUGUGGUGGGGUUUUCUUAAAUGGGUGUCUCCAUUGGCUUUGUUGGAGAAAUGGAACCUAUGUGAUUGGUGCUUUCAAUUUGUCAGAUCAGAUUUUCAGGGAAGUGCCGAUGCCUGCUUCUCUUCGUGGAGGAUGUGGGAUAUUGCGUUAUUUUGUGGAGGUUGUUGGCGGUUGUCUUUGUUUGGUUGAAAGGCGGCCUUCUUACAAAAGUGACGUUUGGAAGAUGGAGGAGUAUGGGGUAGGAGAGUCUUGGACCAACCUUACGAUUGAUUUACCUACAGGAACGCCUAGUCUGUGUUUGCUGUGUCAGCUAGCAGAAGACAAACUUUUGUUUGCUAAUAGUAGAAGGCAUGGAAAGAAACUGGUUGUAUAUGAUCUGAAAAAAGAAACACUAAGGGACGUGGUGGUUGCUGGAAUUCCAAGUGAAUUUACUUUUAGGCAUGCGUAUGUCGAGAGCCUCGUCUCUCCUAUUCUCGGAGGAGGAAUUGGGAGGCAAUGAUAAGCUUCUCCCGGUUGCAGCAAGAUGAAGUAAAAUACCGAUGGGAGCUCUAGGAAGAACCCCGGAAGGGCUGGAUUUGGUGGAGUGUUUAUAGAGGAUCAUGGCUUAUGGAUAAUAGGCUUCUACAGGAAUCUGAAGGAGAGUUCAAGCAUUGAAGCCGAGCUUUGAGAAAUCUUUAAUGGCCAUAAGUUGAUAGCAGGUUCAAAUAGAUUGGCAACCAUGGACAGGCUUAGAAGAUGGGGCAUGGAGGUUGACCCUACUUUUGUCCUUUGUUCCCAACAUACUGAAUCCUUGGCACACUUAUUUUUUGAUUGUGGUUAUUCAAGAAGCAUAUGGGAAACAACCUUGCACAGAUUCCAGAUUCAAAGAAGGGCAGAGGCUUGGGAUACGGAAAUUAACUGGGCAGUUGGAUUCUGCAAAGGUAAGAGCUUCAGAUCAGUGCUGUUUAGAUUAGCCUUGGCUGCAGGAGUUUAUCAUGUCUGGAGUGAGGAAUUCCAGAGUAUUUGGAGGAAGACAUAGGAGCUCUGAUGAUGUUCUAGCUAGCAUUACUGAUAAUAUUAUACAUCGAGUCUGUACUUGGAAGCUUUUCCCCAAGUCUCUUGAGAACCAAAGGCUUUGCUGCCAAUGGAAUAUCUCUAACAGACUUCUUGGAAAUGCUAUCCAUUAGUUUCUCUUGUUCGGAUAGUUGCUUGAGGCUUAGCUGUUUGUGUCUGUUUGAGCUGUUUGGGUCUGUUCCCAAAUUCAGACUGGACAUCACCGGUAACCUUUGUAACGCAGUUCUUCAAUCUGAAUGCUAAGACCUUUGAU